AUGGAAUCAAAGACCGACGUGUUCAGUCGUCUGGAUGAAGUGGUACUCCGAUCCAUCGAAGAUGCUCUUCGACGAGAUCCUGAGUUCCAAGCAACAAUCCGAAAUGGGCAGCAUACCUCAUUUGACUUGGCUUGCAAGGACAAUGGCUCUUCUCUGGCGUUCGUAAUUACAAAGGAUCAGGCAAAGGCCUAUCUUCAGUCGAGUAUGAAUGCGAGACUGGAAACUCGUUUCACCCUCUUUGCGCAGUCAAAUCAUUGGAAUGAAGUCUUUGAAGCCGUCCCCAAGCGGCCAUUUCAGUCGUACUGGGGUAUGCUACGACUCCUUGGUGCUAAAGCCGGUGUGGAGGUUUCCGGGGAUAAAGCAGCGUUCACCGCUUUCGCUAGGGCAUGGAGACUGGUCAUUGAUCUAGUACGGGAUACACUCCGACCUCAAAACUCAAAAACGAUCGAGAGGGCAUUUCUCGAAGCUGAUGAGCUGGAUGAUGACUCGAUCACCGGGCACUACCUGUGGCUCAAGCUACCUGAGGUAGGUAAAUGCAAGGUAUUCUACGAAAAAUCUGGUGUUGGUCUUCAGUCUAUGCUGUUUCUCCACACGGCUGGGGCCGAUUCCAGGCAAUACCACUCACUCAUGAUGGACAAGUCGCUCCAGCAAAAGUGUACAAUGUAUGCCUUCGACCUUCCCGGCCAUGGGCGGUCCUUCCCCGGUGAGCAUCAAUAUCCUGGCGCUUAUGCGAAUUCGGAGGAAUUGUACAUUUCAGCCAUCGGUCAAAUGAUACAAAGACUUCGCAUCCAUCGUGUCAUCGUGUCAGGCGCGAGUAUGGGUGGACAGGUGUGCCUUGCCGUUGCGCUUCGUGCGAGUGAGCUGGAUGUGAGCGGUGUUAUCCCAUGCGAAGCAUGUGACUACAUCCCAGAACAACGAGCGCAGAGGAUCUAUUCCCUUACAGGUGAUGAGUCGAUACUCAACCCAGAGCGUGUGUGUGGAAUGAUUGCUCCAACAUCUCCAGCAAUCUAUAAGAGACUGAAUUGGUGGAUUUACUCCUCACAAGCAACCAAAGUGUUUUCUGGGGAUCUCAAAUUCUACUUUGAGGGGUGGGAUGGGCGGGACCGAAUGUCACAGAUUGAUACCAAUUGCUGCCCUGUCUAUAUGCUGACAGGAGCGUAUGAUUACAGCUGCUCGCCUGAUAUGAGUCGAGAGACCGCUGCAAAGAUCAAUGGAGCUGUCUUCGAGGAAAUGUUGGGUCUGGGACAUUUUCCAAUGAGCGAAGAUCCAGCACGAUUCUUACCAUACUUUCUUCGAGCAUUGGAGCACAUACAACAAGCUCACCACAUUAGCUAG